AUGAAGGCGUCUACUGAUAAUGAUAUUUUAUUUAACAACAAAAAAGAAUUCAUAUAUUACCUAGAAAUAUUAAAUCACAUUGGAUACUAUGAUGAAAUGAUUUCCAUAAUAAUCUCUGUUAAUGUUCAUAAUUACAAUUUAAAUUACUCUGAGGCAAUAUUAAUGGGAUCUACCUUCAAAAAUGCUUUAAACAUGAGAAGGAAAGAGAAGACAAUACUUGAAAAUAUAAUAACAAAUGAAAAAUCUAAUGAACAAGAAAGGAAUUGCGCACAACUACUAAAUCACAAGUUAAAUAAAGACAUAAGGACCAUAGAAAAAAAUACAUAUGACGUUAUAAAAUUAAAAUGUAUUCCCAAAGCAACUGAUCAAAAAAUAUUAAUGUUCUAUUGGCAUUUACUUGGAGAUAUUACAAGAUACUGUUCUGAUACAUUUGAUGCGGAACAAAAGAAGAAAAUGCAAGAAAGAAGCAUGCGAUCGUAUUCUUAUGCCUUAGGUUAUGCUAACCGAAUGAACAUCCCACCAUCAAGUCCUCGGAUGUUAGAACUCCUAGUUAGUUUAACAGUUCUAUACAAAGAUAUAGAAACCGAUAUAAAUAUUUCCAUAGAAAUGGCAGCACAAGCAUUUAGAGACGCAAUUCAAAAUAUGCAUCUUUUGGAAAAUGAUGACGAAUGCUCCAAAACGAUUCGUAUUUUAGGCGUACUGAGAGAUAAUAUAAAUAAAUGGUGUAAACUUAGUGGUAGAAAAAAUGUAAAUGCUCUAUUUGAAAUAAAGGGAGAAAAUUUUGAUAAAUAUAAGGAUAUUAUGAACAGUAUCCAGUCAUAA